AUGAACUAUUUCAAGAAACAUAAUAAGAGGCCAUUUCCCAUAUUAGAAAAUAUGGAAGCAAUAAUCUUCUGUCGUCAAUCAGUAGACCUUGUCAAGGAUGCUUACGAUUUACAUCCCAAGACCAAGUACGUCGACAUGUUUGAUAUGACAAAUCCACUUGUAGUGAUUCGUGAUCCAGAGCUUAUUAAAUCUAUUGGUGAGCGGAAGAAAGAAAAUCUCAACUCCGGAGCCUAUCUUUCAUUUGGACUGGGUCCCAGGAUGUGCAUUGGUAAUAGAUUCGUUUUAAUGGAGACGAAAAUUCUGCUGUUUCAUCUAUUAGCACGUUGCAAUUUAAAAGCAAAAAACACUGUUACCGCUCAAACUUGCUAA